GAGUGAUAGGUGGCCAUUCAGAGUUCCGUGGUAUAUUUCUACUGAAGAUAUUUCCAAAGAAAAGUAAUUUGAACGUGUAUUCUAUAAUUUUAAAUAAAAUUAACUUCAACUAUUUUUAAGUUCUACUAUUGUUGGAAUCACCGUGUCGGAUUGGUCGAUUUGUUGACAACCCUAACGUCUAGUAAGUAGCGUGGUUUAAAGCGCGAGUAGGAUGUAGAAAAUUUAUAAAAAGGAUGAAUUAUGGAUUCCUGUGAAUCAGUCAAAUAGAUAUAUUAUCUAAUUCUAUCAACUAUCACCUGAAGUGUUGGAAAGUGACGCUAGGUGCGAUGAUUUUGAAGAAGUCGUGUCAGAUGCUAAUGCUGUGUAUUUGCUUCUGGGCAUUAAAUGCAGGUUACCAUCACAACCACUUAGCAGAAAAGGUGAAGGCACUCCUUGGAGAAGACGUUGUUUUGCCAUGUUCUUUCAAGUUUCCCGAAGGUGUACCCGUCCCGUAUAUUAUCCAGUGGCACAAAAAGGGUAUCAAAAUUCCUAUUUAUAUCUGGUACGCUGGAUACCCUCCUCACAUUGGUGAAGGCUACGGUGGCCGUGUGUCUCUCACGGGUCAGGCGUCUCUCCAUCUAUCCAACUUGCAAGUACACGACCAGGGAACUUAUACUUGUAUUGUGAACUUCUUCGACAGAUCACCGGAUCGAAAAAGGAAUGGAAGUUUGGUUCACUUGUCCGUUCAUGCACCACCUCAUUUCCAUGUCAAACCGCCUGACGUCGAGUAUGUAAAAACUGGGGAAAAUUUAACUCUUCGUUGUGCCGCAGAAGGAACCCCCGACCCCGUUAUCACCUGGUAUAUGGGAAAUAUUCCACUGACCGAAGGUCCCGGUGUAAUAAUCUAUAGAGGAACCUUAGAAAUAUUGAAACUUCAGCAAUCUCAUAUUGGGGACUAUACGUGCAGGGCCAGAAAUAGUGAAGGAAGUAUUUCAACUAAAACCAAGGUCAUUACUGCCGGUUCAGCUGUUAUCACUGUUCCACCACAAAAUAUUACCAAGCUGGAAGGGGAUAAGGCGGAAUUCAUCUGUGAAGCGAAAGCGUUCCCUGCAAAUAUCACUCACCGUUGGUUGUUAAAUGAUAAAGAAAUCUAUCAAAUAAGGUGGUUGGCACCUCGUACUGUAGUCAGGAGGGACGGAACACUCUUUAUUAAUCCUACCUCAGCGGAGGAUUCUGGACUUUAUACUUGUGAAGUGUUUAAUGGGAUAGGAACACCGGAAAGAGCAUCGGCCUACCUAAGUGUCGAAUAUCCUGCGAGAGUAACUUACUCUCCAACGAUCCAGUAUCUUCCUCUGGGAUUAUCUGGGGUUAUUCGUUGUUAUGUGAAGGCUAGUCCCCCAUUUAUUCAUAUCAAAUGGAGUAAAGACAAUCGUCCUUUUGAUCCGAAAGCCCAUCAUGGAGUGUUCAGUUUAAGUAACGGAUCAAUACAGAUCCAGAGAGUGGUCUCCGAACACCAGGGCUGGUACAUCUGUACACCAUAUAAUUUGUAUGGCACAACUGGCAAAUCAAACAGGAUGGAAGUAUUAGUUCGAGAUCCUCCAAUUUUUACGGUGAAGCCCAGACAGCAGUACCAGCGACGUGUUAACAGUCAGGUGACUAUGCCUUGUUAUGGUAUAGGACAACCGAAACCUGUAAUAAAAUGGAGGAGGGCGGAUGGUAGGAAACUUUCCAAAGACCGCAGUACUCAGCGCUAUGGAAACCUAACAAUACGGACUCUGCGGAAGGAAGAUUAUGGUUGUUACGAAUGCGUUCUUCAAAAUGAUGUCGCUACACUUGUCACAAGCACUCUACUUAUUGUUGAAGGAACUACCCCGCACGCCCCCACCAAUGUCUCCAUCAAAACUAGCGCUUUUUCGGCGACAUUGAACUGGCUUCCUGCAUAUGAUGGAAAUUACCCACAGUCGUACGUAAUAUGGUAUCGUCUGGUGGAGCAAGCUGAUAAUCCUUGGAGAACCAUGCGAGUGGAACCAGAUGAAACCACCACAUUCACCAUCUACAACCUUCAACCUAGUUCAGAGUACGAGUUUCGAAUCCUUUCCCGUAAUAGUUUAGGAGAUGGAAUGUUCAGCCCAACAGUUAAAACUAAAACUUCUCCCUGGGAUUUCCUUGGGCGUGUGUAUCCCACUGAUGCUUACGGUGCCACAUACAUCCCUACAGUACAGAAACCAUCUGGUCCCAAACCUUCACCUCCACGUAACGUCACUGUUCAGGAGACGGAGGAUGGUCUACUCAUUUCGUGGUUGUCACCGCUUAACCAGAAGGUUCCCGUGGCCUUCUACUACGUCGAAUACCGCACCCAAUCCAUGUCCUGGAAGCGGUGGGGACCAAUUAAACGCGCUACUUCGUACUUAGCUAAAGAUAUGGCUCCUGGCCACUACAGGUUUCGUGUCUAUUCUUACUCUAUUUUGUCUGUAGGACAGGCAAGCUCAGAAGUAUCUCUUAUCAUAGCAGGUGAAACUUAUGAAGUGACAAAAAGUCGUGCUAUAACAGCUGGUGUUGUGGGAGGUAUUUUGUUUUUCAUAGUAGCCAUAGUUUUAUCGGUAUGUGCAGUCAAGAUAUGCAAUAAGAGAAAAAGAAGAAAGGCAGAAAAAGCAUAUAUGAUGGUAACUUGUCCUGUUACAGACACGAGAAACGGGAGACCCUCACACGCUGACAGUCCAUCUCCAAUAAAGAACAACUGAGGAUGGAGGAACAAUAGUGUUAGAUCAUCAUGACCAAAAAGCGGAGUACCAGGUUUAAUUUACACGAUCAUAAGCCGUCGUAUAUGUGGCUUCAUCGGACUAACUUAUCACUCACUUCGCCCUGAUUCAGCGUAUGUUGUAAGGGGUGGACAUAAUCGUGCGUCUCUUAAGUCAAUCCACAACAAGUCUAUCUGAAUACUUCCAGCCGCUGUUGUGAAUCAGUUAAACAACGCUGGGGUAGGUCCGUAUAACGUUAUCAGUGAGAGUGAGAAGACACUACUUAAUAUUCAGCUUCUCUCUCCGUCCAGGCUUCAAAUCUGUCUCCUGUGACGCUGGCAUUGACUGAUCCUCAUUUCUACAUCUCUCUUGUGUUAUUGGCUUAAUAUUUUCUAUAUUAUCCAAAUUUUAUUAAAAUUAUUUGUAACUCUUACUGCCCAAACAAUUGCACUUAUAAACCAGAGUUAAUUGUUUCUGAACUCGUGGAGGAUUUCACCUCUAUCAAGUACCCUUUUUUAUCAGAAGAUAUUCUCCAGUAAAAGUCUAGUUAGCUGGUUAGCCUAUUUUUUCCCUUCAAAUACAGGUCCUCUUUAGGAUUUCUUCAAGGUCAUGUUGGACACGAAACACCUGUUCACUUGUAACCGAUUCAGGGAUUAUCUAAAACUCAAACAAUAAUAUACCAUAUUGUGCACAAAACAAUGUAAAAGAGCCAUAAAAAACUGAUCAUGUGAUAUUUUUUUUGACGCUGCGCUAACACAAGAUGAUUAGGAUGAUAGAUGACAAAUGUACCUCAUUCAUUGUCUAUCCCCACCUUUUCAUGAGGCUUGUCUACAAGAGUACUUUCGUCAGGCACUGACAGAUUGAGCUUUUCAAUCAAAAUUGGGUUUUUAGAUGAAAUGUUUGUCAAAAGAAUAUUCCGAACUCAGCUCAUGACAUAUUACAAAACCAUAACUUACAGAAGACCCUUUACACCAGCAACCGGUAUAGGAGCGAGCAAAACUAAAUGUUUCACAUUUCAUGAUCAGAGUAGAAACGACAUUAAAUUUCAGAAAUAUAUUUCUUCCAGCUCUAAAGUCCACCAUGACAAUAGUUACACUACCAGCCGCAACUGAUAGAUGACCGAAAACAUUUGUAAUAGGUGUUGAAAAUGCAUCAGGAAACGUUGUCUCUGGGUCUUGCUUCUGAGUUAUAGCCAGGGCUUUGAAAACUAGUUAAUAAUUUCCUGCCAGCAACAUCUUCUAAAGAGACGCCCACAGAAACAUUCCACUGAACAAGUACCACUUCAUAUUUAUCAGAAGGAGAUAUGUCUUCGUUUUCCACCAGUGGGAGCUGUAAUUCCUAGGCUUGGAAUUCCAUAGUGGUUUACUGUUAUCACAAAUAAAAGUUAACAUUCAAUCAAUGUCCUUUCAGUCUACUUGUCUCGCGGAAUAACGUUUACAGAAAAUCUGCCCUUCUAAUUUUAAAGAUUGCAGUAACAAUAAUAAUAGCUUUAUGAGCUCGAACAUGCCUACUUCAAGUAAUGUCUGAAAUCAUUCCGAGAGAAGCAAGAAACCGUCUUCCUCCGAUAGUUAUAACUUUUUCCAGCGCAUUUUCUGUGCAUUUCUAAACCCUACAACUAUCUAACAUGGACCUG